UUAGUAUGUGUUUAAGAGAAGUACUUUAAAGUAAUAAUUCAUUUACACCGUCUCGCACUUCAGCCUCUAAGUAAACACAUCAAUCUAUAUAUCAAAAUUAAGCGUUGAUGCAAUCUAAACAGCGAGGAAAACUGUCGCUUAUCAUCACACGUUGCAUAAACUUAUCACUUAUUACAUCACGCACCCUUCGGUUUUGGUGAUUCUGUGAAUCACGACCUCAGUCACAGCCCAACUCCCGCAUGAUGCCAAUCACGUUGUACUACGCUCCCAUGAGCCCACCUGCUCGGGCCGUUAUAUUGCUGAUUAAGGAGCUCGAAUUGAAUGUUGAGCUGAAAGUCGUCGAUGUUAGAGCUGGAGAAACGAGAACAGAGGAGUUUCUGCGGAUGAAUCCCGAGCACACGAUACCAACAGUAGACGACAAUGGAUUCUAUCUAGGGGAAUCACGAGCCAUUUUAACCUACCUGGUUGAUCGAUACCACCCAGGUCAUGAACUUUACCCGAACAUACCGAAAGAGAAGGCGCUUAUCAACCGCGUGUUACAUCACGAUUUAUGUGAGUUCUAUACAAACACUUUAGGAGUUUUGGCCCCUAUAUCCCGCGGUCUCACUACAGCCGUAUCCGAGGAGAUGAAGACCAGCAUUGCCAACGCUUUGAGUAAUCUUGAGUUGUUUCUAGUGCGAAACGAUUGGUUUGCAGGGGAAAAAGUGACAGUAGCUGAUUUAUCAAUACUGCCGACAAUAGCUUCUAUGGUGCACAGUGGAUUAGACCUGUCGCAGUUUCCAAGAUUAGGAACGUGGUAUGACAACUGUAAGGUACUGAAAGGAUACCAGGAUGAACAAACGAUUGCUCGGCAGUUCGGGGACCUUUUCAGAUCAAUGGUAACGGAGGGACUGCACCUGUGAACACGGCUUACAUGCGAAAUGAAUCGAUAUUCCUCUUAUCAGUGGGUGCGAAGAUAGAAUACAUCUUAUCAAUAUUUCAGUGUUUAUCAUUCGCGUUUCCAGUUACUGAUUUGUACGUUAUUGUGCAGAUGUUAUUCGAAUGUAUUCAGUUUGAAAUAGAUACUUUGGUUAUGUAACAUGCAACCAACAAAAAUAAAUGUGCGAUAGUCAGUAAC